UUUCAGAACAGCGGGAAAACCUAAAAGACACAUCAAAUGACCUCCAUUAUCAAAUUGAAAGUGUUUUCCGGUGCAAAAGACGAAGGACCUCUUUGUUACCUUUUACAAGUGGAUGGUGAUUAUAUACUAUUGGAUUGUGGUUGGGAUGAGCGAUUCGGGUUACAAUAUUUUGAAGAAUUAAAACCUUUUAUUCCCAAAAUCAGUGCAGUUCUCAUAUCUCAUCCAGAUCCUCUCCAUCUUGGCGGACUACCAUAUUUAGUUUCAAAAUGUGGUUUAACAGCUCCUGUCUACGCGACGGUGCCGGUAUAUAAAAUGGGUCAAAUGUUCAUCUACGAUAUGGUUUACAGUCAUUUGGAUGUAGAAGAAUUUGAGCAUUAUACUCUCGAUGAUGUAGAUACAGCUUUCGAAAAAGUCGAGCAAGUGAAAUAUAAUCAGACAGUCGUUUUAAAAGGAGAUUCUGGAGUUCAUUUCACAGCAUUACCUGCCGGGCACAUGUUAGGAGGAUCCAUUUGGAGAAUUUGUCGAGUGACUGGAGAAGAUAUUGUUUAUUGUGUUGAUUUCAAUCAUAAAAAAGAACGACAUCUUAAUGGAUGCUCAUUUGAUAAUUUCAACCGACCACAUUUACUAAUUACCGGAGCUCAUCACAUUUCACUUCCGCAAAUGCGACGAAAAGAUCGAGACGAGCAGUUGGUGACGAAAAUUUUACGAACAGUACGUCAAAAAGGAGAUUGUAUGAUUGUAAUCGAUACAGCUGGAAGAGUUCUCGAGCUGGCGCAUCUUUUAGAUCAAUUAUGGUCCAACGCUGAUGCAGGUCUAUCCACGUAUAAUCUCGUCAUGAUGUCACAUGUAGCAUCUUCAGUUGUUCAAUUCGCAAAAUCUCAAUUAGAAUGGAUGAAUGAGAAGCUUUUCAAAUAUGAUUCCAGCUCAGCCCGUUACAAUCCUUUCACACUGAAACAUGUCACACUCUGUCAUUCACAUCAGGAAUUGAUGAGGGUUAGAUCUCCGAAAGUUGUGUUGUGCAGUAGUCAGGAUAUGGAAUCAGGAUUUUCUAGAGAAUUAUUCCUCGAUUGGUGUUCUGAUCCAAGAAACGGUGUGAUUUUAACGGCACGUCCAGCUUCAUUCACUCUUGCUGCAAAGCUUGUCAAUAUGGCUGAAAGAGCAAAUGAUGGUGUUCUGAAACACGAAGAUCGAUUGAUUAGUUUAGUUGUGAAGAAGAGAGUUGCACUGGAAGGAGAAGAACUUUUGGAAUAUAAACGAAGAAAAGCUGAAAGAGAUGCAGAAGAAACUAGACUUCGAAUGGAAAGAGCUAGACGACAGGCACAGGCAAAUGAGAGUGAUGACAGUGAUGAUGAUGAUAUUGCUGCUCCAAUUGUUCCAAGGCAUUCGGAAAAAGAUUUCCGUUCGUUUGAUGGCUCGGAAAAUGAUGCGCAUACUUUUGAUAUUAUGGCGAAAUGGGAUAAUCAACAAAAAGCAUCAUUCUUCAAGACAACUAAAAAAUCAUUUCCAAUGUUUCCUUAUAUCGAAGAAAAAGUCAAGUGGGAUGAUUAUGGAGAAGUUAUUAAACCAGAAGACUACACUGUGAUUUCAAAAAUUGAUUUACGGAAAGGACAAAAUAAAGAUGAACCGGUAGUUGUGAAGAAACGAGAAGAAGAAGAAGAAGUUUAUAAUCCGAACGAUCAUGUUGAAGAAAUGCCGACGAAAUGCGUCGAAUUUAAGAAUCGUGUCGAAGUUUCGUGCCGAAUUGAAUUUAUAGAAUAUGAGGGAAUAUCUGAUGGUGAAUCGACAAAGAAACUUCUUGCUGGACUACUUCCUCGGCAGAUUAUCGUAGUUCAUGGAUCACGAGACGAUACUCGUGAUCUUGUUGCUUAUUUUGCCGAUAGCGGCUUUGAUACAACAAUGUUGAAAGCUCCGGAAGCCGGAGCACUUGUAGAUGCCUCAGUUGAAUCAUUCAUUUAUCAAGUGGCUCUUAGUGAUGCUCUUUUAGCUGAUAUUCAGUUCAAGGAGGUUUCCGAAGGAAAUAGUCUUGCGUGGAUCGAUGCUAGAGUUAUGGAAAAAGAAGCCAUCGAUAAUAUGCUAGCUGUAGGAACAUCUAAUCUCAUGAUCGAUGAUAAAAAUCGAGAGGAAGACGUCAAUGAUCAAGAAGAAAACGGAGCCACGGAGGGUGAAGGAAAUGCCGAACCAAUGGAAAUUGGUGAAAACGGUUCACAGGAGUCGCUGGCGAUAUCUGAAAGUGGAAAAGAGGUUGAAAAUGGGCACACAAAUGAUAGUCGAACGAAAAAGGGAACAAAAGGAAAAAUACGUGGAAAUCUCAUUCUCGAUCCUCUACCGAAACGGCUAAUUCCUAUUCACCAGGCUGUCUUUGUCAACGAUCCGAAACUUUCCGACUUCAAAAACCUUCUCACAGACAAAGGGUACAAGGCAGAAUUUCUCAGCGGAACUCUUCUUAUCAACGGAGGAAAUUGUUCGAUUCGUCGUAAUGAUACUGGAGUCUUCCAAAUGGAAGGUGCUUUCACCAAAGACUACUACAAACUUCGUCGUCUCUUCUAUGAUCAGUUCGCUGUCUUGUAAAAUGAUCUCAUAUACUUUUUCAAAUUCCACAAAAUUCUCAAUAAAAAAAUUUUUUUUCCAAGAA